AUGGCGGCGCGGCUGGAGCUGAGGCGGGUGGCGGAGGAGGCGGCCGCGUUGGCGGGCGCGGUGCGCGGCGCUCUGGGUCCGCGGGGCGGGCGGGCGCUGCUGCUGCGGCCCGACGGGCGGGCGCUGCUCACCCGCGACGGGAGGCGGCUGCUGGAAGCGCUCAGCCUCGAGCCGCCGACCGCCAGGAUGAUGGCGGCCUGCGCCUGCAGCCACCGCGCCGCGACGGGGGACGGCGCCAAGACGUUCGUGGUGCUUUUGGCAGCCGUGCUGGGCGGGCUGCGGGCCGCGGGCGGCGGCGGGGGGCUGCGGCGGGCGCUGCGGGCCUUCGAGGCGCAGGUGCUGGAGCGGGCCGUGGCGCGGGGGCUGCGCGGGCACCUGCGGGCGGCGGCGGGCGCGCCGGAGGCGCAGCUGCAGGCGCUGCUGGAGGGGUACCUGGGCGGCCGGCUGGGCCCGGCGGAGCGGCGGUACCUGGCGCGGCUCUGCCUCGAGCUCUGCCGCCGCUGCGCGCCGCCCCCCGGGCUCCGCCCGCACGCCUUGCGGCUGCUCGGCCGGCACUUUGCGCAGCUGCACGUUGCUGUGGCCGGUCUCCCCGUGGCCAGCUCCCGGGUCCUGCCCGGGCUCAUCCUCCGAAGGGACUUCGCGGCCUACUGCCCGGCGCAAGGGGCCGUGCGGGCCGUGCUCGUCACCCAGCCCCUCCGGCCCGCCCUCUCGGUCCCUGGCGGAGAGUUCGUCGUCGAGUCCGAGGGUCAGUAUCAGGCCUCGCUGCGCUGGGUCUCGGGGAGGACGGAAGCCCUAAUGAAACACUUGCAGAGCAACAACGUUAAGCUGUUACUGUCGAGCGUUAAGCAGGAGGAAGUAGUUAUCUACUAUGCAAAACUGUUUGGCGUUUCAGUGGUAGAGUGCUUGUCACCCGAAGAAACGGCCCUUAUCUGCGAAAUCACAGGAGUCUCACCUCACGAAGCUCUGGGUGACAACAUUCUGGGGGAAGUCACUGACACUGCCGUGGCAAUGUUUUGCCAGCCCUUGCUGCUGGGCUCAGAGAGAUGUGCCCACAUCGGCUUAACCAGUGUGUGCGCCUUCCAGCCCCAUUGCCUCAUCCUUUGCGGGCCGGUGGAUGGUGUUAAUGAGGAGCAUGCUGCUGCUUUACAAGGGGCAUUUACCAUGCUGCAGCAGCUAUUUAAAACAGUUGAUGGAUGGGAGGAAUGCAAAGCAGAAGGUGAAAGGCAGAAUGAAGCCUCAGAUGUUGGCAGUUGGCAUUCUUCAGCUACUGAGAAACAAUUCAAAACAGACAAAGUUUCUUGUAGUAGCAGUCAGGUUUCUGAACAUCAACUGAAAGCACGUGGGGAUGAAAAGGAGACACAAAUCGUAGACCCUGAUCUUCAUGAAAGUGAAAAUCCAGCAUAUGUGCAAACAGACUCGCAAAUACCCUCAAAUCCCAUCUUAGGCGUCAAAGAAUUCAAUAUUGCUCCUGAAGGAGACGGAUCUUCAAGAGACCCACAGAAACCACAUGCAAAGGGCAAGCAUCUGUGUGUCGUUCACGAGAACUAUAGUAGUGAUUCACUUGUGGACAGUCUAAAAAACUGCAGUGCUGCUGUAUUAGCAGCACAUAAUGCUGGAGUGUGUGGAUGCCCGGGUGUUGGCAAACAUCUAGAGAAAAUGAGUUGCCAUGUAGUUCCACUGCAACACAUAGAGAGUUGUGCAAGUAUUGCACAGAAGUCUUCCAACUCUCUCAUAGAAGCUGGAUCAGUUUUGCCAGUAGGAGGUUACUUUGAAAUCCUAUUACAUUAUUAUAUACAGCACUAUGCAAAACAGUUUCAGCAACCAGAGAUAACCAUCAUGUCUAAUAUUGUUGCUGAUGCUUUGCUAAGUAUUCCCAAGUCUUUGCACGGGACAACAGAGCGAAACAGCUUUACAGAAUUCUAUCUCAAAGCCAUAAAUGCACUCAGAAAAAAACAGCCACUGCCUAUGAACGAGAAGGGUUUAGAAUCAGUGUAUUGCAAAUACCAGUUGGUCAUUUCGGUUCUUCAUUGCGUUACAGAGCUUCUCUCCAUAGAUUUAAUAAUUGGUAUUAAGCAGCCAUUGCAAAAAAAUGAGGUUCAUGACUCAGAUGAUGACUUCUGAAGUCAUUAAUAAAGAGUGUUUUCUACUA